UCUAACUUGUUCGCACGAAGAUGACUGUACCGACUAUUCUGUAAAAACGUAUAGGAUUGAUCUUUCAACUUGAUGCCUUGGGCCUCAUUAUCAGUUACAAGGACAAACAAGCCUCGUUUCCCAGGAUAGUAGAGCUAAACCUACAGCGCUUUACUGUUGUACAGCAAAGGUCAAUGUAAAAGACAAAAAAACAGAUAGCUGGGUCACUCGUCCAAAAUUGGAGCCAUGCAAGCUCACGUUCACCGACCUGCGCCUUGCGCCUUUGCUCCCAAACUAGUAGGGGCGCGCUCCAGUUUCCCGGCUGCAGCGCAUACAACCUUUAUUCAGCGCCAGGCCAUUAGGCCCCCCCGUAGCGGAGCUCCUGCACGCCCAACCUGCUCCGCAGGUUUCCAACAACUCUGCCCCACUUCUCCGUUGCUCACCUCACGUGCACACCUCACCUUGCGCGCCACCUCCGCCUACUCCCCAUCUGGCGAUUGCAGCAACGCAACCAUCACAUCCCCAGCAGCACCACCCCCACCAAUCAUCACCAGCCGCCGCCCCCUACACAUCUGCAUCGUGGGUGCGGGCGUGGUGGGCCUCACCACAGCCCUCCGGCUCCUACAACUCAACCAGGAUCCCCCCACACCACACGACACAGCCGCUGUUUCUUCCGCCCCUCCCCUUUCUUCCCGCCUCGGCUCCUCGCGUCCUCGCCCUCGCCGGGUGGAGAUAACCGUCCUGGCAUCCGACUUUGGUCGCGACACCACCACCGCCGGCGCCGCGGGUCUGUGGGGGCCCUACAAGCUGUCCGACACGCCUGAGGAGCUGGUGUGCCGCUGGGGGGGCGCCACCUACACCCACCUCAUGGAGCUAGCGCACUCCCGGCAGGCGGAUGCGGCGGGGGUGAUGCCCUGCGCCGUGAACAGCUUCUUCUCCGAGGCCCAGCCGCUUCCCUUCUGGCGCCACAUCCCCUUCAACUUCGCCACCAUGGAUCCCCGACACCUCGACUGCCUGGGCAGGGGCCGCACCGGCAGCAGCAGCAGCAGUGGCAGCGGCAGCAGCCCCCCCAGCGGCAGUGCUGCCCUGCAUGCGGUGCUGUCCGAUGUGGGUCGCUACCGAGAGGCUGACCCCCCGCCGCUGCCCUGCGGCUGGGGCUACCACUGGAGCUCGGUGGUGUGCGAGGGCGCCCGCUACCUGGCCUGGCUGGAGGAGCAGUACGUUCCUACUUGCGGCCAGUUUUCUUAACACACACCGCCUUCAGGUGCGCUGCCUGGGUGGGCUGCUGCAGCGCCGCCACCUGAGCGGCCUCCCAGACCUCGCCGCCGCAGUAGCUGAACUAGGAGGGGGCGGCGGCGGCGGGCGGGGGCCGCAGGUGGACGCGGUGGUGAACGCGGCGGGUCUGGGGGCGCGGGAGCUGCUUGGGGACGAGCAGGUGACGCCCAUCCGCGGGCAGGUGCUGCGGGUGCGGGCGCCCUGGGUCACGCAGGCCUACUUCUACGACCCCUACUACAUCAUACCCAACCGGGACUCGGUGGUGCUGGGCGGCACGGGCCAGGUGGGCGACUUCCGCACCGACCCCUGCCCCGCCGACCGCGCUCGCAUCCUGGCCGGCUGCACCCGCCUGCUGCCCUCCCUGGCGGCCGCGCAGCCGCUGGCGGACUGGGUGGGGCUGCGGCCUGGGCGUAGUCGGCUGCGGCUGGAGGUGGAGCCGCGGGGACUGCUG